ACUUCAAGUUCACCUGCGUUAAUAGCCGCCUGCCAGGCAAGUGUCUGGGAAAGGCUUUGCCCAGUUGCCUAAACGACAUUGUCACUUGCGGUUGGCUGGGCGCACCAUCUCCUGCUGCUUCAGCCCCAAACUCCAGUUCGUCCUGUUCGUCCUGAUCGUCCUGUUUGCGGCUUCUGCAGUCGAGUUGCCAUCGGUUUAUGGCAGGUUGAGCACCAGCGACAUUGAGCCACGCUGGUGCACUGUGAAGUGAUAAACAUGCGCGCUUUUCGGCACAAAUCAAUUAGCAAUUGAAUUUGGUGAACUCAAAGACGGCGAAAAUGUCCGACGGCCAAAUGACAAAUCAACUCAACGUGCAACAGCAGGAACAACAUCCGCUGCUGUCAGCCAUCUCCGGAAAUAAUUAUGCUCAAACGCAGCGUGUGCAUUACUAUCCCAACCACUACUACCCGAGCCACUACUUGCCGGGCCAUUACCACCAAGGACACCAAGGAUACCAGGGGCAGCAGGGACGACCACCGCUCCUGGCGGCCGCUAGCAGCCACAACGGUGCUUAUGCGGCCACGGCGGCUGGCAGCGGACACUCCGGCUACGGCGGCAUAGAGCCAUCCGUGGAGUACGAGCUGCAGCAUGACCCACCCUCGGGUAGCUUCUCCUCCUUUCAUCCGAGCAGUGCAGGCAGUGGGCCCGCAUAUCCAUCUGCCCACCAUCCCCCGCCUGGGCCACCACCGCAUCCUCCGCCCACCAAAUCGUCAAAGAAAUCGAAGAAGAGCAGCGGCUCGGUGAUGAACGCACUAACGCUGCUCUCGUUCUUCUUCUUUGUGAACAUGCUGCAGAACUGCCUGAAGGAUCAUAUGGCGGACAUGAAUCCCACCGUGAUGGUGCUCACAGCCAGCGGCACUCGCAACCGUUUCAACAAAUUAGCCGAGAUGAAUUCACGCGAACAGACCUCCACAACGGCCACCGAAUCGGCAACGGCGUCGGCAGCGGCAUCAUCUUGGAAUCAUCAGGCUGCUUUAGUUCCGGCCGUCGAGCCGAGUGUGCCGCCCUCCAUUGUUACGCCCACGGUGGUGCUGCAAUCGCCCUACAGCGGUCACACUGAGAUGGCCAAUAAGCCGCCCCACCGCCAGCCAACGGAGUACCAGUCGAACCCUCAGCAAAAUCACCACGAUUAUCGGCCCCACAUCGCGAAUGAUGAUGCUUAUAAUUACGGGCAGCGCAGACCUCCGCCUCAGACCUUCUCCACCUCCGAUGCCAGCGAUUUCUAUCCUAAUCGCACACACAUCGACCACUCGUCCCGGCCCGACUUUGAAUCGGAGUCGGGCUCCGAUUACUAUCAGCACCACUACAACCCGUAUGCUGGCACAAACUCCCGUCGGCAUCCUUGGUCUUAUGGCAGGCAGCGUUACUCAUCCGCACCGUGGUCUUCAGCUUCGUUGGGCGCUCAGUCGGGCGUGAGCUCUUACUUGGAUAAUGCCCAGCGCCGGCAAGGUGAUGAUGACGAUGGUCAUGGUUAUGGCUAUGGCUAUGGCCACAGGGAUAGGGAUAGGGAUAGGGAUACGGAUGCAGAUGGUUACUGGGAUGAGGACGAGAAUGGUCAGCAGCGGCGACGCAGCGAUGCUUUCUAUACUCGCACACGCAUUAAUUGAAUGCAAGAAUUCCGCGCACAUUUCUAUGUUGCAUGGCGGGGAUUUGCUGCAUUAACCCAUUGCACAAAAAUGGGGUGGCAUAAUGUGGAUGGGCAAAAAGAUGUGAAUGGAUUUUUUAGUGCAGCUAAAGAAGCGUUUAUGGCUUAUGGCAUUUUACAUUCUGUAAAUAUUAUCC